CGCCCCUUCCCCACCAGACCGGGGGAGGGGUCCUCCUCGGCAUGGAUGCUGGGCUGCUGGAGACGUAGGCAGAAAGAGGCGGGAUGGCGGGGCGGAUGCUGCCGGCCCGGGUCUGGCCACCUGGGUCAGCUGCACGCCCCCGCCCCGGGCCGGCCAGACCUCGCAGCCCAGGUCCCACCACGCCGUGAAGUUUGCGGAAAGUUUUGCAGUUGCUUCCCCGCCCGCGCCAGCCGGGGAGUUGUGACGCAGCGUCUGAGGCUCCUGGCCGGGACAGGAGAGAGGGAAGGCGAGGCUGGCAGAGAUUGGGAAACAGGGCAGCAAGAGAAAGGGCGCGCGCCAGGGUCCUCCUGGACUCGGCGUAUCCUCCUCUCCCGCCACCCCUUUCACUCCUUCCCGACACUCUCCCCCCUGCCCCGGCCCCAGCCGCGCGCCGCUCGCGCCUCCUCCCCUUCCCCUUCCACGCUACCCGCUUCCCUUCCCCUCUGCCCCUCAAACCCUCCUCCCCGGGUCUGCGCUCCUCCCCCCGCCCUCCCUUCGCCCGGCCUGCCUCCUCCCUCCUCCUCCUCCUCCCCGGGAGGCAUCACUUCGUCCCGACCCAGAGGAGGACGCGAGCCCCUUGUGGGCGGUCAUCACAGUCGAGCCCCGGGGCUGCCACUGCGCGUCGCGCCCGUGCGCCCUCGGUUCCCGCGUCCGCUGAGCGCCGCGCCCGGAGAUGGGGCUCGGCUGGCCAGCCCCCCCGUCCUGGCCUCGUCACCUGCUGCGCUGCGUCCUGCUCCUCGGGGGCCUGCACCUCGGCCGCCCUGGCGCCCCCGGGAACGCCGCCCUCCCGGAACCCAACGUCUUCCUUAUCUUCAGCCAUGGACUGCAGGGCUGCCUGGAGGCCCAGGGUGGGCAGGUCAGAGUCACCCCAGCUUGCAAUACCAGUCAUCCUGCCCAGCGCUGGAAGUGGGUCUCCCGAAACCGGCUCUUCAACCUGGGUACCAUGCAGUGCCUGGGCACAGGCUGGCCAGGCACCAACACUACGGCCUCCUUGGGCAUGUACGAAUGUGACCGGGAGGCACUGAAUCUUCGCUGGCAUUGUCGUACCCUGGGUGACCAGCUGUCCUUACUCCUGGGGGGCCGCAUCAGCAACGUAUCCAAGCCUGGCACCCUUGAGCGUGGGGACCAGACCCGCAGCAGCCAGUGGCGCAUCUAUGGCAGCGAGGAGGAUCUGUGUGCUCUGCCCUACCAUGAGGUCUACACCAUCCAGGGCAACUCCCACGGAAAGCCGUGCACCAUCCCCUUCAAAUAUGACAACCAGUGGUUCCACGGCUGCACCAGCACGGGCCGCGAGGAUGGGCACCUGUGGUGUGCCACCACCCAGGACUACGGCAAAGAUGAGCGCUGGGGCUUCUGCCCUAUCAAGAGUAACGACUGCGAGACCUUCUGGGACAAGGACCAGCUGACCGACAGCUGCUACCAGUUUAACUUCCAGUCCACACUGUCAUGGAGGGAGGCCUGGGCCAGCUGUGAGCAGCAGGGUGCGGAUCUGCUGAGCAUCACGGAGAUCCACGAGCAGACCUACAUCAACGGCCUCCUCACUGGGUACAGCUCCACCCUGUGGAUCGGCCUGAAUGACUUGGACACCAGCGGAGGCUGGCAGUGGUCGGACAACUCGCCCCUCAAGUACCUCAACUGGGAGAGUGACCAGCCAGACAACCCCAGCGAGGAGAACUGUGGAGUGAUCCGCACGGAGUCCUCAGGCGGGUGGCAGAACCGCGACUGCAGCAUCGCGCUACCCUAUGUGUGCAAGAAGAAGCCCAACGCCACAGCCGCCCCUCCAGACAGGUGGGCCAAUGUGAAGGUAGAGUGCGAGCCAAGCUGGCAGCCCUUCCAGGGCCACUGCUACCGCCUGCAGGCUGAGAAGCGCAGCUGGCAGGAAUCCAAGAAGGCGUGUCUACGGGGCGGUGGCGACCUGGUCAGCAUCCACAGCAUGGCAGAGCUGGAAUUCAUCACCAAGCAGAUCAAGCAAGAGGUGGAGGAGCUGUGGAUCGGCCUCAACGAUUUGAAACUGCAGAUGAAUUUUGAGUGGUCUGAUGGGAGCCUUGUGAGCUUCACCCACUGGCACCCCUUUGAGCCCAACAACUUCCGGGACAGUCUGGAGGACUGUGUCACCAUCUGGGGGCCGGAAGGCCGCUGGAAUGACAGUCCCUGUAACCAGUCCUUGCCAUCCAUCUGUAAGAAGGCAGGCCAGCUGAGCCAGGGGGCAUCCGAGGAGGACCAUGGCUGCCGGAAGGGUUGGACAUGGCACAGCCCAUCCUGCUACUGGCUGGGAGAGGACCCAGUGACCUACAGUGAGGCCCGGCGCCUGUGCACCGACCACGGCUCUCAGCUGGUCACCAUCACCAACAGAUUUGAGCAGGCCUUCAUCAGCAGCCUCAUGUACACCUGGGAUGGCGAGUACUUCUGGACUGCCUUGCAGGACCUCAACAGAACCGGCUCCUUCCGCUGGCUGAGUGGGGAUGAAGUCAUGUACACCCACUGGAACCGGGACCAGCCCGGAUACAGCCGUGGGGGCUGCGUGGCCCUGGCCACUGGCAGCUCCAUGGGGCUCUGGGAGGUGAAGAACUGCACCUCAUUCCGGGCUCGCUACAUCUGCCGGCAGAGCCUGGGCACUCCAGUGACGCCCGAACUGCCUGGGCCAGACCCCACGCCCAGCCUCACUGGCUCCUGUUCCCAGGGCUGGGCCUCGGACCCCAAACUCCGGUAUUGCUAUAAGGUAUUCAGCUCAGAGAGGCUGCAGGACAAGAAGAGCUGGGUCCAGGCCCAGGGGGCCUGCCAGGAGCUGGGGGCCCAGCUGCUGAGCCUGGCCAGUUACGAGGAGGAGCACUUUGUGGCCAACAUGCUCAACAAGAUCUUCGGUGAAUCAGAACCAGAGGUCCAGGAGCAGCAUUGGUUCUGGAUCGGCCUGAACCGUCGGGAUCCCAGAGGGGGUCAGAGUUGGCGCUGGAGUGAUGGCCUAGGGUUCUCUUACCACAAUUUCGACCGGAGCCGGCACGACGACGACGACAUCCGGGGCUGUGCAGUGCUGGACCUGGCCUCCCUGCAGUGGGUGGCCAUGCAGUGUGACACACAGCUGGACUGGAUCUGCAAGAUCCCCAGAGGUACGGACGUGCGGGAGCCCGACGACAGCUCUGAAGGCCAGCAGGAUUGGCUGCACUUCCAGGAGGCCGAGUACAAGUUCUUUGAGCACCACUCCACGUGGGCACAGGCGCAACGCAUCUGCACGUGGUUCCAGGCCGAGCUGACUUCCGUGCACAGCCAGGCGGAGCUGGACUUCCUAAGCCACAACAUGCAGAAGUUCUCCCGGGCCCAGGAGCAGCACUGGUGGAUCGGCCUGUACACUUCUGAGAUCGAUGGGCGCUUCAGAUGGACAGAUGGUUCCGUUAUAAACUUCAUCUCCUGGGCACCAGGCAAACCUCGGCCUGUCGGCAAGGACAAGAAGUGUGUGUACAUGACAGCCAGCCGAGAGGACUGGGGGGACCAGAGGUGCCUGACAUCCUUGCCCUACGUCUGCAAGCGCAGCAAUGUCUCCAAAGAAACACAGUACUCAGACCUGCCGGCUACAUUCGAGGGGGGCUGCUCCUCUGGCUGGCUCCAAUUCCUCAACAAGUGUUUCAAGAUCGAGGGCCGGGACCCCCAGAGCAAGGUGAAGUGGUCAGAGGCACAGUUCUACUGUGAACAGCAAGAGGCUCAGCUGGUCACCGUUGCAACUUCCUUAGAGCAAGCAUUCAUCACAGCCACCCUGCCCAAUGCGACCUUGGACCUUUGGAUUGGCCUCCAUGCCUCGCAGAGGGAAUUCCAGUGGGUGGAUCGGGAGCCUGUGCUGUAUGCCAACUGGGCACCUGGGGAGCCCUCUGGCCCUGGCCCUGCUCCCAGUGGCAACAAACCGACCAGCUGUGUGGUGAUGCUGCACAGCCCCUCAGCCCACUUCACUGGCCGCUGGGAUGAUCGGAGCUGCACAGAGGAGACGCAUGGCUUCAUCUGCCAGAAGGGCACAGACCUCUCCCUGAGCCCAUCCCUAACAGCGCUGCCCCCGACCUCGGGCUCCGAUCUCUCCUACCUCAACGGCACCUUCCGGCUGCUGCAGAAGCCGCUGCGCUGGCACGAUGCCCUCCUGCUGUGUGAGAGCCGCAAUACCAGCCUGGCCUAUGUGCCAGAUUCCUACACCCAGGCCUUCCUCGUGCUGGCUGCCCGAGGGCUGCACAUUCCGAUCUGGAUUGGGCUGGCCGGCGAGGAGGGCUCCCGGCGGUAUUCCUGGGUCUCAGAGGAGCCUCUGAGCUACGUGGGCUGGCAGGAAGGGGAGCCCCAGCACCUGGGGGGCUGCACCUACGUGGAUGUGGACGGGGCCUGGCGCACCACCAGCUGUGACACCAGGCUGCAGGGGGCUAUGUGUGGGAUUAGAAAUGGGUCCCCUCCUCCCCGAAGAAUAAGCUACCAUGGUAGCUGUCCCCAGAGGCUGGCGGACUCCUCGUGGAUCCCCUUCCGGGAGCACUGCUACUCCUUCCACAUGGAGCUGCUGCUGGGCCACAAGGAAGCACAGCAGCGCUGCCAGAGAGCGGGUGGGGCAGUCCUGUCCAUUCAGGAUGAGGCGGAGAAUGUGUUUGUCUGGGAGUACAUGCAGAACUAUGCGGGCCGUAAUCGGGGAGCCUGGUUGGGCAUGAACUUCAACCCCAAAGGAGGCACCCUGGUCUGGCAGGACAACACAGCUGUGAACUACUCCAACUGGGGCCCCCCUGGCCUGGGCCCCAGCAUGCUGAGCCACAACAGCUGCUACUGGAUCCAGAGCAACAGUGGGCUGUGGCGCCCUGGCGCUUGCACCAACAUCACCAUGGGUGUCAUCUGCAAACUCCCUCGAGCUCAGCAAAACAGCUUCUCCCCGUCAGCGCUUCCAGAGAACCCGGCGGCCCUGGUGGUAGUGUUGAUGGCGGUGCUGCUGCUCCUGGCCUUGGUGACCGCAGCUCUCAUCCUCUACCGGCGGCGCCAGAGCAGCGAGCGUGGGUCCUUUGAGGGGGCCCGCUACAGCCGCAGCAGCUCCAGCCCGGCCGAGGCCACUGAGAAGAAUAUCCUGGUGUCCGACAUGGAAAUGAAUGAGCAGCAAGAAUAGAGCCAGGGGCGUGGGCAGGGCCAGGGUGGGAGGAGCUGGGGAGCUGGGACCCUCAGUCGGCCGGGCCCCCCACCAGCUACCCGUCCAGUUGGCCUAUGAAAGGGUGCCCUUAGUAGUCCCUGUUGGGAGCUGGGCAGGGCCUGGGCUGGUGGGGUGCCACCCUCCCACAACGGCUCAGCUGAAACUCAGCUGAGUGCAGCGUGGCGUUUCCUUUCUUGGGGGCCUGAGAUCUUGUCACCUGGGCCUGAGCCCCACAGUAACCAGAGGUAGGAUGGGAGGGGGAAUGAGAGCCUCUUUGUCCCCAUACCCCUGGCCCAGGCCUGUUGACCGUGCCCCAGGACCCCUUCUUUGCAGAGCCUGAGGAGCCUCCCCUGUCCCCUCGGGCAGCUCUGUCGCCUCUCUCUUCCCACCUGGCAGCCUCAGCAGCUCUGCGUCCCUCACCCUGCUCCCUCUCACCCCUUCUCCCCACCCCUUCCUUCUGAGCUGGGCCCUGGGGGUUGGGGAGCCCUCUUGUUCCUGGUGAGGGUCAGUUGAGGGGGCUGAGCAUCCAUCACUCUUGUGACUGCUGAGGUGGCCAUGAGGACUGGCAGGAGAGUGGGGCCUGGUAGAUGGGUCAGACCUGAGAAUCAGGGCACAGGUGUGCUAUCUGCUGGGCUGGAGACAAGACUGGGGAGAUACCCCAACCUCCCAGGUGGCAGCUGGGCUGGGCUGGGGUGUCAUUUCCUGACGAGUGGGGGAGGGCUCUGCCCCUGAGAGUCCCCCGUGGGGACCAGAAUAAGUUCCCUAAUGUUUCCAGCUCCUGGCUCUGGUUUGGAGCAAGAGAGGGGUUGCCAGAGUCCUGGGGCCCCCAGAGGAGCGGGAGCACUGGAUGACCCCGAGUUCCCACCUUCUAGUGGAGCCAGGAGGAGCAGCACCCGAGCCCUGGAGCGCCCCAGUGCCCUGCCAAGAGGCGCAGUCCCAGCCAGGACGAAGCAUGCGGCCUCUCCUGGUGCAGCAGCGUGGGACAGUGUGAACAGACUCGAAGACAAUGGCCCUUUCUCUGUAGUUGAUUUUUUCAAUGUGCCAUUAUUGGUUUUUUUUUUAAAGGAAAAAAGAAAGCAAACAAAUAAAACACCUUUAAGAGGCUUGAAAGAG